AUGAUCUACUCGAAUAAUCGAUUUUGCGCAUUUAGCGUGCUCAUGGAGGAUGAGGAGUUGGAAGGAAAACCGAUGACAAGUUUCCGGAAACGUCUCGAACACGACGGUCGCAAAUUAUGGGACGACUUGUCAGAUAUCAAACAAAUGCGAUUUCCGUGGCCGAUCAACACGCCGUUAGAAGUGUAUGAGCUCGUCGGAGCCGAUCGAUUCGAUCCGGGCUCUCAUCGAUAUCAGAUGCCAUUCUUCUGGCUUCCAUAUGCUGUACCGGCGACGCCUUCUUGGGCUCUUCUCGUGUGCAUCGUUGAGUGCAUUUUCGCGUUCGUCUGCUUCUGCGCUGUCAUGCUCCAUUAUCUGAUAUUCCUCGGCUCAUGCGAAUCCUACUCGAAACCGUUAUUCGUCUUCUUCCUUACCGCCAUUCAGUACUCGAUUUUUUAUGCUUUCAAGAAUAAUUGUUUCGUUUUUUGGGUACUUUUCGUGAUCUCAAUCGUCGAACGAAACGCCCGUCUUCUUCGAAUUCAAUUAUUCUUUCAAUAUGCCACGUGCGUUUUUCUUCUACUUGAUGCCGCAUUCGCUUUGGCUUCAGAUUUUGGAGGAUACAACGAAGAAUUGAUUUAUUGUGAUCGAAACCCAAUUCUUAUUCGAUUUGUCGCCAUUUUAUCACUUAUUUUUCUAUUUGUCCAAUUAUUUCUGCGAAUUAUUACCACACAAGUUUACAAUUUUAUGUGGGAUGUUCGAAAGUUUAAAAAAGCUUUACACAAUUCAAAAUGGAGAUAUCGCAAGAGGGUUUAUUUCACGUUCUGCUCAAUUGUGCACGAGGAAAUGAAAAAUGAGCAAAUACAGAACAAAACAGUCAGUGUUCAAAAUCGAUUCCGCGACGAGCAAGAGGAAUUUCUGAAGAAUAUCCAAAAGAAGCAGAAUAUCACAAGAAUCACAAUUGAGCCGAAUGGAGAAGCUGUUGUUCCGUUUCAAAACUCGAAUUCGAUCGGCUCAUUAUCGGCAAUAUCGAUACCUACCUCAAUGGAUUCAACUUCUCCACUGGGAAAGAGAAGAAAGCCCAAUCCGAAAUGCACGCCGACACCCAAAAAACUGCGUGGUCCCGAUGGCGCAAUUGUGCCACGAACACCAAAAAAUCGACGAAAACCGAAUGGAGGCGUCAAAGUCAAACUUGAGGUUGAUUAUGAUACAGUUCGUUUGCUUUUCGACAGAAAUCGAAAAAACGGUCGAAUUCCGAACAUUGCGAUGGACGACGAAUCCGACGACGAAUGA